AUUAAAGGCCUUCUCUUUCACACAUCGCGCUUGGUGGUUUGGACCAAAUAACCGGUCAAUUCGCACCGACGCACCGACGCAUCGCGACAAUGGAUAUUCACCGCUGCCGCUUCGUGCCCUAUCCCCCUUCCGCCAUCAACGCCGUCGCGUUCUCUUACCCGACGGUCACCAAAUCCCAGAGAGGCGCCCCGGUCCGCUUAGCGAUCGGUCGAGCGAACGGCGAUAUCGAGAUAUGGAAUCCCUUGAACGGCCUGUGGCAUCACGAGACUACCUUGCACGGAGGAAAGGAUAGGAGCAUCGACGGCCUCGUCUGGGUCACCGAGCCCGACCACGUCCUCCAGGAUGGCACCAAGCUCGUCGGAAAGUCGAGGCUGUUCAGCAUCGGCUACACGAGCACCGUCACCGAGUGGGAUUUAGAGAAGGGACAGCCGAGAAAGCAGGCGAGCGGCAUGCACGGAGAUAUAUGGUGCCUAGCCGCCCAACCGUUUCUAGCGCCUGCCAAGCACGGCGAGAAGUCCGCCGGCGGCGUCGUCGUCCAGGGCGGGAAGAAGCUCGUAGCCGGCACCAUGGACGGCAGCCUAGUCCUCUACUCGAUCGACGAAGACGACCUUCGAUUUGAUAGGAUACUGGUGAGGUCGUCCUCGAAGAAGACCAAGAUGGUUAGCAUCGCCUUUCAGAACCGCAACGUCGUGGUGGUGGGAUGCUCCGACAGCGCCAUCCGAGUCUACGACAUGCGCAACGGUAACGUGCUGAGGAAGAUGACGCUGGGGUCGGACCUUUCCGGUGGCGCCAAGGAGGUCAUCGUCUGGUCCGUCAAAUGUCUCAACGGGCGCGACAUCGUCUCGGGCGACUCCACCGGCCAGGUCUGCAUAUGGGACGGAAAGACGUACACCCAGGCGCAGAGGCUGCAGACCCACAACCAGGACGUCCUAUCCCUGGCCAUCAGCGCCGACGGUUCGACGGUCGUCAGCGGCGGUAUGGAUCGCCGAACUGUCCUCUAUAGGAAGACCUCGGGCGCGACGGCGAGGUGGACCAGGGUCUGGCACAGGAGAUACCACAGCCACGACGUCAAAACGAUGGCUUCGUUCGAAGGCAACGGAAUGAGCGUCGUAGUUUCGGGAGGACCGGAUGCUAGCCCGAUCGUGUUACCCCUGCGAGAAGCCGGCAUGGAGAACCACCGGACGCUGUCGCAUCUACCCCAAAGUCCGCCGCUUCAGAGCGCGCCGAAGAGCCGGUUAAUAGUCAGCUGGUGGGAGAGAGAGGUCCACGUAUGGCGGCUAAGAAGACCAUUGCGAGAUCUGGUGGACGCGCCGGAGGGGGAGUCCGCCGUCGACAAGAAUCGCAAGCUGCUAGCGCGCAUCUUAAUUAAGGGUGAAGCAAAUAUUACCUCCGCGGCAAUUAGUUCCGACGGUUCCCUGCUGGUGGUCUCCACUACGUCCGAUAUCAAAGCAUUCCACCUGAAGCCCCGAAGCGAAUCCAAGAAGGACGAGCUCAAGAUUAUCAAGAUCGAGCUGCAGGAAGAAUUCUCUAAGCAAGGCGCAACUCGAGUACAGAUAUCCCCGGACGGUCGGUGGCUAUGCUCUAUCCAAGGCGGUAACAAGGUUUUCGUCUCGCCGAUCUUACACGACGCCGCGAUAGACAGCAAGCCGUCGCUCCACCCUAAAGCGAUCCGCUUACAACGCAUCGAGCGAAAGAUACAGAAGCACGCGUCCCUAGGCGGCUUAGGGCAAUACGACAGAAUGGUUACUCACGUCGCGUUCUCCCCGGAUAGCAAGAUGCUGGCCGUUGCGGAUCUCGCCGGUUAUAUAGACACCUGGGUGCUAGAUGCGGCGCAACCGAAACUCCAGAACGGCGUCAACGGGACUCGCGACGAAGAAGUCUCCUCCGAUAGCGAAGGUGAGGAAGAGGACGCGAUAGACGCGGCAGGCCGUCGAUGGGCUCGUAAUCCCAAGGGAUCUCUUAUUCCCAAGCUACAAGCUGCACCUACCGUUUUAUCUUUCUCCGACCACGUUCCGGCUUCGAACGCUCCCACAUCAGACGAAAACGAUACCCCCGACGAUUACGUGCUUCUUACCAUCACCGCCAGGCCGCAGAUUCUUCUAAUCAACCCCUCUCUCGGCUCGCUAACGCCAUGGUCUAGACGAAACCCGAUCGCGCGCUUUCCGACCGAGUUUCGAAAUAUUCGCGAUCUCGUGAAGGGCGCUCUCUGGUCGGGCGAGAGGGUAUGGCUCUACGGCAGCACGUUUCUUUUCAUGUUUGAUCUAUCUCGUGACCUAGCCGAACCGAUUCAAUCGGGCGAAUCGUCUAACGGGGAACUCGUGAGGCAAGGGACGAAGCGGAAGAGGGGACCCGACACCGGCGCCGGUAGCAAAACGGAAAUCGGAGCGGCGGGGCCUACUAAGAUCGUCCACCGGGUCGGGGACGAGGUUGAAGAAAUUCCCCUCGACGGUCCCGUCUUCGAUCCCAUGGACGAAGAUGAGGUGAGCCAGCCCGGGGAGGAGGAAACCGAGAGCGAGGAUUCGGAUGACGAUAACCAGGGCGAGCUGGCGCUUCUACGCGGCGUUCGUGGGAAAUCGGUGUCGGGGUCGCAACCGAGUAACAGUCUGGCCUUCUGGCAUACGUAUAAAUACAGGCCGAUUCUAGGGAUUGUACCCCUCGGUGAGGGAGAUAGCUUGCCCGUGAACGGAGCCGUCGAAGGGGAAGAGCCGCGAAAGGUUCUCGAGGUGGCGUUGGUAGAGAGGCCGUUGUGGGAUGUCGAUAUGCCUGAUAGGUACUUUGGGGAUGGGGAAUGGGAAAAGUAGUGUUUUGUACUUAGGUUCACAGCUUGCCGCUCCGCUGUAGUAGCGCUAUCGAAGUAUUGUCGUGAGGAUACGUUAAUGGAGAAGUGUGGUUUAUUCAUCUCAUUCUCCCCCUUUUUUUGGUUGAUUCAGGGUAAUGUGGUAAAGUUCGCAACUCACUUAAGAGUUUGAGUUUCGGUUCUACUUGCUUGAACAACGACAAAUCCGUAAAAUAGGGUAUGGUCGCGUUAAAGUCGCCUCUCUAUAUUGCCUGCCGUAGUCAUCCAAGCGUUGGUAUAGCUUCAAUUCAUCACUUUAGUCCUGGUACAUUGGGUAUUUAGACACUUCAGAUUUAUCAUUUGCAAUGGAGCGUUUUCCUCACUUGUCAACAAAACAUAGAGGUUUAUUCC